AUGGCUACCAUCAACAUUCGCCGGGAUGUGACCGAUCCCUUCUAUCGCUACAAGAUGGAACGCUUGAUGUCCAAGAUUGAAGGCAAAGGGAACGGCAUCAAAACUGUUGUCGCGAACCUUCCAAGUGUCUCUGCCUCUUUGGCCCGUCCUCCAGCCUAUGUUAUCAAGUAUUUCGGUUUCGAGCUUGGAGCUCAGACUAAUACCAACCCGAAGGACGACCGCUGGAUCAUCAACGGAGCUCACGAAGCAAGCAAGUUGCAAGACUCCUUGGACGGCUUCAUUUCCAGGUUCGUCCUCUGCAGGUCUUGCAAGAACCCCGAGACCACAAUCAACGUCAAGGAUGGCCGGAUCCUGUUGGACUGCAAGGCCUGUGGUCAACGCACUGACGUGGACAUACGCCACAAAUUGAGCGGAUUCAUCCUCAAGAACGAGCCAAAGGGUGGAAAGAAGACCAAGAAGGAGAAGAUGACGCGUCGCGACAGGGCAAAGGCUGGCAGCCAGGAGAACGGUUCCGCCAACGGUGGCAGUCCACAUGACUCCAACUCCGACAAGGGAGAUGCCGACGACGGUGACUUUGAACUGGCCGCUGCCAGUGACGACGAGUUCACCAAACAGAUCACUGCCGAGGCAAAGAGCAUUGCAGCCAAGACCAAUGGAGAUAUCAAGGAUGACGAAUGGGCGGUCGACACCUCGGCUGAAGCGGUUGCUGCUCGCGCCAAAGAGUUGCCAUCCGACCUGAAGCGCUCCCUCGCUUUUGAUGAAGAAGAGGAGGGCGAGGACAAUGGCGUCAGCGUCUACGACCAGCUUGGGACCUGGAUCAUCGAUGAGAGCAAGGCCAGAGGAUCCGUCAGCAAGGUCGACGAUGUGGAUAUCUACAAGAAGGCCAAGGAGUUGGGGAUCGAGUCCAAACACAAGACACUCACUGUUUUGGCACAGACAAUCUUCGACGAGAACAUUGUCAAGCAGAUUCCUGCUCGCGCCGAGAUGCUGAAGACCAUGAUUGGCGAGUCUGAGAAACACAUGAAAGCCUUCCUCGGUGGCACCGAACGCUUCGUUGGCAACGAUCAUCCAGAACUGAUUCCCCAGGUCCCCGCCAUCCUUAUGGGAUACUACCAGCACGAUCUUCUCAGCGAGGACGUUGCCAAAGCCUGGGGCCAAAAGGCAAGCAAGAAAUAUGUCGACAUCGCCACCAGCCGAAAGGUUCGUCAAGCCGCCGACAAGUUUCUGCAAUGGCUCGAGGAUGCUGAGAGUGAUGACGAGAGUGACGAGGAAUAG